AUACAAAGAAAUUUGACAAAGUUUGAAUCGACGAUUUGAGUUAAUAUAUAAAUUCCAUUUAUAUCUAAUGUUACCCAAAUCGGGUCAAAGAAUAUGUUAUCCCUACGUUAUCAAACACAUUAAAUAGUUGACCUGUUGACACAAACAUGUCAGUUGUCACUAUCUCUAAUACGAUUCAUGUUGUGAGGGUAGUUGUUUAUUUUGUGUUAAAUAUCGGUAUUCAAAGUGACAUUACAAAAUGAAACGUUUUAAUAUUCCAUUAAUAUUAACAAUACUGGUUGAGUUUGGUGCUGGAUUAAGGGUAUUCGAAACAAAUGGCACGGAAACCAUCUUGGCUUUUGAAAAUGAGGUUGUAAAAAUUAUAUGCAAGUCAGACUUUCCUAUGAGAUACUGUGGAUUUGUAGACCCAAAUGGAAAUCGCUUUUCAUUUACAGAUCUCGCUGUCCACGACGGCCAGUGUGUGCAUGAAAUCAAAGCGACAGCAACAGACGGUGGCGAAUGGCGGUGUCACAUCGGAAGGAAGACGCAGCGUAUUGAGAUUAUCAAAAAAAUACAAGUGAGAAUAGUCAAUCAGUUGGCCGCCAUACAGCCAAAUGUCACAACGAAGCUUGGAAAAACUGUGACGCUUUUUUGUGCUACCACCGGGGGCUACAAGCCUCUCAGCUAUUGUAGGUUCGAACCUCCGAAUGGCAGAUCUUUUAGUAUUGAUCCUACAGUGACCAUUGAGAAGCCACUAUUAAAGAAGUAUUAUUUUCCAUUAAACCGGAGUCUCGACAGGGGUGACUGUGCGGUCACAAUAGUUUCAGUGAAGGAGGAGGAUGCAGGACUAUGGACAUGUGGCGCUGGAAUGGAUGAUGGCAACGAACAUAUUGAUAGUAUUGAUCUCGAUAUUGCAGGAUUGUACACAAUGUCAACAGCAUCAGCUACUGGAGUGACUCUUGGUGGAAUUAUAAUAGCGGUAACGCUAGGUCUGUUGGGAUAUGUGGCGUGGAAGAGGUAUCGGCUUCUCGGUGUGAUACCGCCUGACCCUCAAGGUAUUGAGUUGGAAGAAAGACAGCUGCCGCAUUCGCCGACAGCUCCCAGAGCGGUUCCCGCUGUUUUGGUACAAUCACCAACAACUCCUACUUCCUCACCUUUGAUGUCUAGUACAAGGGCGUAGAAAACACCUUAGGCUAGGAUCUACAGAGCCUACUCAGACUUUGCUCAGACUUCACUUAUGUAAAAUUUAGCUGAGAGUAAGCUUAGCAUCUUUGAUAUCGUUUUUAUUGUCAUUUGACACCUGAAAUUAUUUUGUGCUUAACGUUGAUUCUUGAAGUAAGUAUAAAUAACACGGAAAACAAACGAAAUUCAUUCAAAAUGCAAAAAUACUUCAGAGGUUUGUACGUUCCUUCGCAGCCAUUUGUGUUAUACGGCAAAAUUAGUUCUCUGGACGCUCGCAAGUGGCGCUUCAAAUAGGAACAAAAAUUUGCCUGGAACAGCCUGUCCAGUCGAAUUUAUACCCACGGAACAAAAAAAAACUAGACCUACAGGUCAGUGGCUUAGGCUAAGACAGCCCAAUGCAAAAGUCAAGUUCGCAUUUUAUCACACUGAGCUAAGUUUUACAUAAGAAAAGUCGUACGUUCUAUAGAUAUCAGUCUUAGACUUUUUCUUAUGUAGGUACUUUCUUAUGUAAAACUUAUCAUAAUUUUUCAUUGAUUUCGUUUUUAGUCAUUUAACAGCUGAAAUUAUGCUGAGCUUACGGCCGUUCCCAAUAUUCAGUCUAUCUCUUACUUGAGAUAAAAAUCGUAACUAUCGUUGACUUUUCCGUCCCAAUAAACUUAUCGACUUUAACUCACCUUAUCCGUGCACGCUGUCUGUCAAUGGGACGACGCGGUAUAGCUUACCAGCGAUAUAAAGUUUGUAUGGAAAUUGCAAUUCACGCGUCCUAAUAUAAAGCGAUAAGAAUGACUUAUCGGGUAUAUUGGGACAGCUUCAUAUUAUUAACAGCUAAUUACUGACAGUAGAAGGUAGUAAUUUAUCUCUAUCUGUAGAUAGUAUAUUGGGAACCCGAAUGCCGUUAGACAACCCAAAGUUCGCCUUAUAUCACACUCAGCGUAUAUAAGUUUUACGUGAGUAAAUUCUGAACAAAGUUUAGACUUUGAUCCAAGAGAGAGGAGUACAUAAGUGAGCUAUCUAAGAGAUCUAUAGAAGCCCCUAUCAGAUUAUAUAAGUAAUAAGUUAUUGAAGUAGCUACGGCGCUAGAGUACUGCGAGAGAUGCCAAGAAGCAAGGGGCGCCGAAUGUGAAGAAUAAUUUCAAAGAUAAAAAUAUAAUUAUUUGUUCUUAA